UAAUGUUGGCUACCCGCUGCCUUUGCCGUCGUCCUCUUUAUGGUUUGUGGACUCAGUCGAGGAGAAGCUACUACUGGGGCUCCACUGUCACCACUGAGAUGCACAACGUGUCACCAACCCAGGUUACGAGACUUCCGAAUGGUAUGAGAGUCGCCACUCAAUUUUCUUAUACGGAUUCUGCAACGGUUGGUUUGUGGAUCGACGCCGGUGCUAGAUAUGAAACUAAAGAGUCUAACGGAACUGCUCAUUUUUUGGAGAGAGUUCUUUACAAGGGCACCAAGAACAGAUCGCGCGAUCAGCUGGAAACAGAGGUUGAAAAUCUUGGCGCUAAUUUGAACUCCUAUACUGGUCGCGAACAAACAGCAUUUUAUGCUAAAACGACUAAAGAUGGUAUUUUGCCAUGUAUUGACAUUUUGGCGGACUGCAUUCUCAACCCUAAACUCGACGGUGAUGAAAUUGAAAAAGAACGGGUUCGUAUUACACAAGAUCUGCAAGCUGUGAAUCAGUCGUACGAAGAACUACUUUACGAUAAAGUCCACACAGCCUGUUAUAGAGAUUGCUCGCUAGGACAAACUGUCAUUGGUCCCGAGGAAAAUGUGGCGACGAUCAAGCGCGACCAUAUGGUGAAUUACCUCUAUAAUAACUUCACCGCUGAUCGAAUGGUUCUUGUUGCUGUUGGGCCUGUUGAUCACGCGCAAAUUGUGAAGGAGGCGGAAAAGAAGUUUGCAAAUAUUCGACCGACUGCGGGGCCGCGUAUGUUGGAGGAAAAACCAUAUUUUUGCGCAUCGGAAUUGGUCUAUAGAAAUGAUGAUAUGGGCCCUACGGCUCACANNNNACGUGUUGCUUGGAAUCGUCUACACGAUGCUGAGAUCACUAUGACUGGUGUCGGUCCCUUACACGGUUUACUUCAGCUGUGGGACCUCAGGAGGCAAACAUGGUGGUGGAGAUAUUAA